UGUCAUUGAGUUCCCUAUAUAUAGCGAGCAUUUUACCAGAUGAUCCGAGAGAGGGGACUCCAGCCAUGUUUGCAGACAGCCUAAGGGUGAAGUGCCUUGUGCUUGCUAUAGCACUCCUGGUGGCCGUCACUGCUGACUCCGUGUCAGUAGAAGAUCAAGAGUUCUAUGAAUGGAAGAUAGAGCAUAGAAAGUCAUACACUUCUUUUGAAGAUGAGGCCCAUCACAAGGAAACCUGGAUGACAAAUCGGAAGUAUGUCAUCAUGCAUAAUAUGCUGGCUGACAGGGGAAUCAAGACCUACUGGCUCGGCAUGACCUACUUUGCUGAUUUGACAAACGAGGAGUACAAGCAAAUCGCCUUCAGGGGCUGCUUUGGUCGCUUUAACACUUCCAAGUUCAAUCAAAGUUCUUCUGUCAGGGAACUGUAUGAACAAGAUCUCCCUGCCUCAGUAGAUUGGAGAACGAAAGGUUACGUUACAGACAUCAAGAAUCAGAAAGACUGUGGUUCCUGCUGGGCUUUCAGUGCAACAGGGGCACUGGAAGGACAGCAUUUUAAGAGAACAAAAACACUGGUGUCCCUGAGUGAGCAGCAGUUAGUGGAUUGCUCAAGUAAGUACGGCAACUAUGGCUGCAAUGGUGGGCUCAUGGUCAAUGCUUUCAAGUACAUCAAAGAAAACGGAGGUAUAGACACUGAAAAGUCAUACCCCUAUAAAGCUAGGGAUGGAAAAUGUAGAUUCAACCCUCAAACCAUUGGCGCCAAGUGCUCUGGCUAUAAGAACAUCAUGAGCAGAAGUGAAAAGGCUCUACAAAAAGCAGUUGCCACCAUUGGUCCAAUUUCAGUGGCCAUUGAUGCAGGUCAAAAGUCUUUCCAGCUCUAUAAAAGAGGAAUCUACAAUGAGCCUGACUGCAGUAGCACUGAUUUGAACCACGGUGUCCUGGCUGUUGGCUAUGGGACAGAAAAAGGCCGUGACUACUGGCUGGUUAAGAACAGCUGGGGACUUCGUUGGGGCAACAAAGGCUACAUCCAAAUGAGCAGAAACAAGAAGAACCAGUGUGGGAUUGCCACGGAUGCUAGUUACCCAGUUGUCUAAAACUGAUUGAAAGAGUCAUUGUCACAAAGGGGCUUUGUUUAUUUGGACCUGCAGUCAUUCAAAUAAAUUUCAUAAGCUUUAUGUGCUAAAUUGUUGAUUACAUAUUCAAAAAAUAAUGUAAUACUGAACAUUGAGUUUCAUGAAAAAUAAAUAAAAGUGGAGCGAUUAAUAGGGAUUUCUAAGCUUGGUUCUGACACUCUGAGUUGGGACAGGCUGUAGGCCAAUCCUGAGGCUAGAAUGAGUACCCAGGAGGCCAAAGUACAACACAAAAAACUUUGUUUGAGAAAACCAACGAUUAAUCAGAAUAAUUAUAAUGCCUUGACUCAUCUCUCAUCUUGUUCUUUCAUGACUCUAGCCUAUCCGCCCCUAACCAUCAACUUCUUGCCUUCGAUAUUCUUUGGUGUCUGUACACUCUGUGGACUGUUCUUCUGACUUGGCAUUAUGUUUCUUCAUUGGAUCACUUCAAGUCCCACUCUGUAUUCCUUCAGGGUAAUUUGCACUAAUAAAUACCAUAGUAACAGUC